UGUGCGCCGACCAGUUUCCGUAGACGGCCACAAAAACGGCACGCAGACGCGAGCAAAGCAACCAACUAUUCGUACCAACAAUUAAAAUACAACAAAAUAAAGUUAACAAAAUAAAAAAAAUUAUUUCAAAAGCAAACGCAAAAGGCAAGAAAACAAACCCAAAUCAAAAGGAGUUUCAGAAAGAGCCGCUGCUUAUGUAAAGGCUGCCUUUAAGUUCUACCUAGUGCAGUGGCAAUAAGUGCAACCCCAACAGCAACAACAACUUCAUAUGAAAUGGCAGCAGCUUCAGCUCGAUCGAAUUAAGCUCAAUUUGCAAUCUCUCAACUCUCCGUUUUUUCGUAAUCGUGUUGGGCAUAACAAAAGCAACAAAAAAAAAAGCAAAAGCAAAAAAUAAAAUAAAGAAAAAAGUGAAUCUGCCUUUCAGUAUAAUCUCCAUUUUAAUUCCCAUCUCGCUCGCACCCAACAGUCUGACAGUCUGCCAUUUUUUUCCGUUGCUUCUGCCGUAGCUGUCGCUGUCGCUGCUGCUGCUGCUGCUGCGUUGUCGCUGCCGUCGUUGUCGUCGUCGCCGUCGUCAUCGUUGUCGCCGCGCUUUUUAUUGUUUAUGUUUUUUCGUGUUCUGAGCCCACAGAAGGUUAAGAAAUAAUAAAAGCAAUACAAUUACAAUCACAAUGAAAUGGAAUGAGUGAAAUAUAAAUUUCGUUACCAACAACAACAACACCAACAACAACACCAAGAGCAGCUUAAAGUCGCCUGCCAAGCAAAUUUCACGCCGUAUUUAAUGUUAGCGCACUGCCCGCCUGCAGUUUAAUCGCUGUUCGUCUUUCUUUCCGUUCGUGUUGUGGGUUCUGUGUUCUGUUCUGUUCCCAAUCUGAUCUGAUCUGAUCUGCUCUGUUCUGUUCUGUUCCCCAGUUAUCAGUAAUCGCCGCGCGUUUGGCAAUCGUUUUUCUAUUGUUAUCGUUAUCAGUAUUGCUAUCGUCGCAUCAAAUUUAGAUCAGAGCCAGAACUUCUCAACCAGAAGAAGAACACAGUCCGCAGGCGCGUUCUUAAUCCCAAAUCAAAAUAAAAUCAAAGUAAACGCUAAAAGGUGUUCGAUGAAUGAUAAUAUCUAGAAUCAAAUGUAAAUUAUCAAUUCGCAAUCGAGUGUGCCUGUUACAACUAUUACUGCAUAUGCAUAUGAGAGUGCUGUAAUAAUCCUGUAACAAUUCCCAAAAGGAUAUUCUCACCUUAAGUUUGUCGCCCUUCACGGGGGCCGCAUCGAAGUUAGAAAUAUUACGGACUUAGUUUUAGUUUCGUUAAGAUCAAAUACUCAUAGACAAUAAACAAUGUUCUCAAUACUGGGCCCAAUCACAAUCACGCUCCUAUUGGCCAGCACAAUAUGCCAGGCACUGCCAGAUCUGCACCAACAAAUGUCACCCGAGCAACUGCAUUCGGUAUUCCAAGUGGACACACACGAUGCCGUGCCAGAGUAUGAGUUGGUGCAACUGCUGCAUCACACGCCUCAGGCUGGACUGCAGCGCCGACGUCGCAGCAUCGGUGAAUCGUUGUCGGUGGCAACUUCGCCGCAGCCGCCGCAUCAUGUGAAAAAGGAUCUAAGCAAAAAUUCGUACUACAGUGAACUAAAGCAAAAGGCAGCAGCCGGAGGAGGUGGAAAUAAUUUGCUGGGUGCCGACAUCAGCGACAUUAAAGCACACAACGUGUCGUUCAGCGCUUUUGGUCGCCACAUGAAUCUCACGUUGCGUGCCACACAGGGACUGUUCAAGGGGGCGCCGCAUGAGCUGCGCAUGUGGUCGGUGGGCAGCGAGCCGAAUGCAACACAUGGCCUGGACAUGCAGGAGAUACUCAACGAGGAGCAUCACAAACAUGAGAUCGGCGAGGUGUUUCAAGAUGAGCACAAUAUGGCUGCGAUUCUGAUGCGUCGUCACAUGGAAACGGGCGAUUUGAUAAUGGAGGGCAGCAUUGGUCACGAUCUGGUCAUUAAGCCGCUGCCACAUGAGUUGAGUAACAACAAGGAGCAGGCCCAGCACGUUGUCUACAAACGCGAAGCAUCCGCCACCGAUGACCAACUGAGUGAUUUUGCCUUCAUGGAACCCGAUGAUCUGUUGGCUAGCGAGAAACUUGAACGUCUGCAGCGCCGUCAGCGUCGUCGCCGUCGCAGCACCGCGAAUAGUCCGGACUUUGAGGAUCUCAAUGAUGAGGAUGAGGGUGCGCUGGACACUGAAGCCGAGGCCGAACCACAGACCUCAGAAUCGCGUGUGCGCCCCAGACGCCAAGCACCGUAUGUCAUCUAUCCCGAGGUCUUGGUGAUUGUCGACUACGAUGGUUAUCGCCUCCAUGGCGGCGACAAUUUGCAGGUCAAACGGUAUUUCAUCUCGUUUUGGAACGGCGUGGAUCUGCGCUAUCGUCUGCUCAAGGGACCCAGAAUACGCAUCAGCAUUGCUGGUAUUAUAAUCUCACGUGGUCGCGAUGCCACGCCCUAUUUGGAACGCAAUCGUGUGGGACGUGAUGCAAUUGACUCCGCUGCCGCUUUGACUGACAUGGGCAAGUAUUUGUUCCGCGAGCGUCGUCUGCCCGUCUACGAUAUUGCGGUGGCCAUAACCAAACUUGAUAUGUGCCGUCGCACCUCCGCAUAUGGUGAAUGUAAUCGCGGUACCGCAGGCUUUGCCUACGUUGGCGGCGCCUGCGUGGUUAACAAGCGUCUGGAGAAGGUGAACAGCGUGGCCAUCAUCGAGGACACCGGCGGCUUCAGCGGCAUCAUUGUUGCCGCCCACGAGGUGGGACAUCUUUUGGGCGCCGUGCACGAUGGCUCACCACCACCCAGUUACCUUGGCGGACCGGGUGCUCAGCGCUGUCGCUGGGAGGAUGGCUAUAUCAUGUCCGAUUUGCGUCACACGGAACGCGGCUUCCGUUGGUCCGCCUGCACCGUGCAGAGCUUCCACCACUUCCUCAAUGGAGACACUGCCACCUGUCUGCACAAUGCACCGCAUGAGGACAGCGCCUUGGGCCGUUCACUGCCUGGCACUUUGCUCUCACUGGACGCGCAGUGUCGUCGGGAUCGCGGCACUUAUGCCUGCUUCAAGGAUGAACGUGUCUGCGCUCAGCUCUUCUGCUUCGAUGCUCAGACUGGCUACUGCGUCGCCUACAGACCGGCAGCAGAGGGCUCCGCCUGUGGUAAUGGUUACCAUUGCCUGGAUGGUCGCUGCACGCCGCUGCCGUCGAACAUAAUACCGGACUAUGGCAACAAUUAUCGUUUAGUAUACAAUAAAAUCAGCCAGAAAAAUGAUGCAAGCUCUGAAACGGCAGCCGAAGACGUUGAGAGCAGCAGUGAGGAGGCAGAGUCCCAAGAAGACGAUGAGAAUGAAGAUGAAGAUGAGCGCGAAGAUGAGCGCGAUGAUGACCAGAACGAUGGCAUCACCAGCAGUGAGGAGCUGGAUAUCAAUCAGCAGGACAAUAACAUACAGCAAAGCUCAGCUGCGGCUGCGGCUGCUGAAGCUGUGAUUGAGACCACGACAACAACAACAACAACUACGAAAAGACCAAAGACAUUUGAAUAUUUGCGGCGACUUUACAACACUGACAACUACGAGAAUUCGGCAUUAAGCAACACGCACGCACAGUGGCCAACAAAUGGUCAAGUUGUGGUCAAAACAUACACCAGCAGCAGUGUCAGCAGCAGCGGCAGCAGCAGCAGCUCACACCACACAACAACAACAACACCUAGAACAACAACAACAACAACACAAACACCAAAUAUAUUCCAAUUUUAUACACACGAAUUGCGCAAACAACUCGAAUACUAUUUUCACUUGCUACAAACACAACAACAACCACAAGAACAACAUCAACAACAACAACAUAUACAACAACAACAUCAUCAACUACAACCACAACAGUCCCAAGUAGUGACCAAUGAACAUUUUUCAAUUCCCUUGGUACAAAAACAAAUUACAAAUUAUAGUGCCACCACCAACAGCAACAACAGCGGCAACACCAACACUAAAGAACAAAACAACAGUAACGGAGGGGAAGUGAACAAUAAGCGACAACAGCAACAGCAGCAACAACAAGUUGAUGAGGAGAACGAGGCCAAUGCCGGCAUUGAGAUCAAUGAAGCAAUUGAGCGGCAAAAACGUAAGUUUCUCAUUCAACAACAACAACAACAACCAAGACACUUGACAACACUGCAACAACAACAACAUCAACAACAACAACCAUUGGCAACACCAACAACAAGCACAGCAACCGCUACAGCCGCCACAGCCAAAGCAUCGCCAACAGCCACAGCAACAUCAACAUCAACAACAGCAAGCACAUCCAAAUCGAAAGCAACAACAACACUGUUUGAUGCAUACUUUAAAAAAUUACAAGCACUGCAUUUACCAACACUGGACGGCGCUGUAACAGCCACGACAACAUCGGUGUCCACCUCCGUCAGCUCAUCAGCGGGCAAAGCGAGCAACACGCAACAGCAACAGCAACAACAUCAGCAACAACAACAGCAACAGCAACCACAGCAAAACUUUGAUGGCAGCUCAUUUCUGAAACGUACGCCAAAUCGCAGUAGUAUUUUAGCCAACAAAAAGAGUAGUAAUAAAAUAAAUAGCAAUAGUCAUAACUAUAGUCAACAACAACAACAACAACAGCAACAACAACAACAACAGCAGCAACAAUUGACAUCGCCAUCAUAUGUGACAAAUUACAUUGGCGAUAAUACCAACAAUUUGCCAGCGGUGUUGGACAAUAAUGAAUCAAGCACAACAACAACAACUACAACAAUAACAACAGCCAUACAGCAACAACUACAACAACAACAACAACAGUCAACAAAUGGCACUGCGACGCCCAAGAAACCCAAAAUUAAAACACAAAAACUGAUACGCCGCACACGAGUCAUGUAAACAGGCGGAAACAGCAACAACAUGCCACAUGCCACAUGCAACAUGCCGCAUGCCACAUUAUUACAACAACUAGUACUACUUUUACUUCAAAAAUACUCUCACACACACACAAGCAAACAAACAAACACACACACACACAGACACAGGACAACAGCUUCAACAACUUUGCAACACUGCCAACUGCCAAACCCAACCAAUCAAACAACCAAGAAACCAACCAACGAACCAGUCGUAGUUCCGCAACACACACACACAGAGACACAAAUACACACACAUACACUACUGAUACAGAUACAGUAACCGAAACAAACAUAACUGUACACUGACCCCGCCUUCGCCCCCCUCCGUCCAACUCCAAAUGGUCUGAUUCGAUUUCGAUUCGCGAUUCGAUUUUCUUUUGCUACUGCGUGCGGUAAGAACAACAAGCAACAAGCAACAGUUAUUCUCAAGUAGUCUAAAAUACAACAAAAAGCUUCUUCGCCUUAUAAAGUACAAGUGGUUAACUGGAAGCUGUUUCCGUUCUAGUGGAGUGGAGAACCCCCUGAAACGUUUGGAAUUGGCACACGUCGGUUUGGUUAUUGCCAUUGAAAUUUGAACAAAUUCAUAUUUGCAGUUAAACAAAUUGUGUUUUUAGAUAGAAUUUUUAUUUUUAUUAUUAAUAUUAUAAAUAUUAUUGAUUUGUUUUUAGUAUUAGACACAACUAAUUUAAUAUACUUUUGUUAAAAAAGAAAACAAAACAAAAAAAAAAACACCACAAAAAACGCACCCAACAAACUUUAAAAACCAUUUGAUUCCAUACAACCAUUUGAGUAUGGCUAAUUAUAAUCAAUCGUACAUACAUAUAUUAUGUAGUGUAUAAUUUAAAAACAAAAAAACAAAAAAAAGACCAACAACAAAUACUAUUUUGUACAUAUAAUAUCUGUUUCUGUAAAAAGUUCAUACACAAUCAUUUCGGCAUUAAAUCAAACAUAAACAACUUCUAUAAAUUAUUCCUAAAGAUUUCCAAUUUUCCAUUGUGAUAAAAGAUAAUUUGUAUACUUAACUAAAAAUAUUUAUCUUUUUUUUAGAAAAUUGCUUGAAAAGGUGUUAAAAAUUCAAAAUGUACUCACCUAGCCGCACUUUGCCUACUAGAAAAACUCACAAUUCCAUAAAUUGUUGUAUUAAAAUGUAGAAAAGUUGUGCAUUGUUAAUGCGAAAAAAUAUUUUAAAAAUUGCAUUGCCUUAUCAUCUUAAGAAGUAUAUACUAGUUUAAUAUUAAUACCUAAGUGUUAGAUAUAGACAACUGGAAAUCAAAUAAAGUGAAACUGUACAUUUAUCACACACAACAAAAAUAAUUUAAGAAUAUGCAUAAAAUAAAUAUAUACAUACAUCUAUAUACAUAA